UUAUUUCUGCGUUAUAUUGCAGUUUUAAAAAAGUAAACUAAAAAUGCAUAAAAUGUGAAUGUGAGGUGUGAAAGAGAAAGGCUGGAUGUGGGAGCGCGGCUCUCCAGCUCGCUGUGCCAUGCGGGACACGCUGCUGGCUGCCACCAUGGCACCUUCCCUUCGUGCUCUGGCUCUUUAUGUGCUGCUGCUGUUGUUGUAUCCAGCUGUGCGGGGACACAGCACCGUUGUGCCCCGUCAGUUCGAUUCCACCGACCGGGUCAGUGAUUAAAAGAUUUAUUCGGGAAUAUUGCGGACGCGCACUGGAUGGACGGGGAAGACAGGCGAGGGGCGGCAGAAGGGGGCCACUUUUGCUCUCCAUCGUUACGGGAAACGGAGCUCCAAGGACACGGAGAGGCGGGGGCGCAUCCAGGUCGUUUUGGGUGUUUGUUCUUGUAUUUUUAUUCUUUGCAGUUAUUAACAUGUUUUAAUUUUAUUACUGGAGAUGCGAAAGAUUUUUCCCAGGCAGACCGACCUUUGUCCGCCGCCUAGAUUUUUGGAGCUUUAAUUUGGCAAAUUGGCUUCCCAGACAGACUGACAGCCAGAUCGUCUCUCCUCCCCGCUCUCCCGCCUCCUCCUCGCUGUUUUCGGCCACACUCUCUGCUAUCACAGCCUCUCACUGGGCUCCUUCUGAAUUUACUUUUUUCUCACUUUCAGUCUCUCUCCCUCGUGCGUAACCUCCAUUCAUUCGUGCAAUUUGCCAUCAGCCUGGAGUUUUUUUUCCCUGAUUAUUUCUGAAGAGGCCUCCAGCUGAAAAAGGUUCAGUGUCUGGUCAGACUGCUUUAAUUUUGCCUCGUGGUCCAGUGUCAGAAUGACUUGCUUUCCACUCCCACAUGUGUGCGUUAUACCCAGCUAGCACUAUACUACGUUAAUUCUGAAAGUGCAAAACAAGUUUUUAUGGAGAAAGUGUGGUAGUAUAUGGAAAAAAAAUACCAUAAAUUAUCACAUGACUGUUUGAAACUUCAAUAAUAAUAAUAAUCAUAAGAGAAAUAGCUGGCACUCCUUAGGCAGGUGCUAUACUUAUAUCCUUGCUUGCAGACUGUCAUGAGGACAGCUGCCACACCAUGGACAUGUAGUCCUUCCUGUUAUACUUUCAGUUAGGUUAGGGGCCAGUUUAAGCAGUUAUGUCUAGUUGUUCCAUUGCAGUGUUUCAUUAAUGAACUUCUGAAUACUCAAGAACUCUCACUCUCUGGACUUUGAGUUUCAUGUGGUGAGAUAGUUCACAACUACUGGAGCUCUACAGAAGGCAGAAGGCAAAAAACUGAAAUUUUGACUUUUUAUUUUUUUUUAAUUUUGGUAAUCUUAGUUUAGUUUUUUCCUCUCUCUGUUUUCCAGGUUUCUCUUUUAAAACACCUUUCUGUAAGUAUUUGGGACCUCAAAGCUCCAAGAGCCACUUUACAGUAACAUCUGCUGUUUUGAUUCCAGGCAUGAAGCCAUUCAUUUCAGUUGCAUUUUUAUUUAUAUAGUAUCAAUUCACCACAACUGUCACCUUAAGUCUCUUGCCAUUGUAAGCUAAAGACCAUAUAAUGCUAGAGAAUAAGGACCAACAACCAGAUGUGAACAGCGUUUGGUGACAUUGGGAAGGAAGAGCUCCCUUUUAACAGGAAGAGACCUCCAGAAGAACAGGCUCAGAGGGGGUCAACCAUCUGCAGGAGAGAAAUUAGCAGUGACCACCUGGUAGCAUUCACUUUCAACCACCAUAAGCUGCUGCUUCUUAUAGGCAUAUGAAAGUAUCAGUUGUGGUUGAGCUAUGCUCCUGAUCUGUUUUAGUUAUCUUUUGGAAACAGGCAUCGUCAGGGCAGACUCCUCUAACAUGCAUUUGCGAGAUGCUAGCAUGCUUUCUGAGAAAAACUAAGACAUAAGUGUCAUUUUAUUUCAGUUUGGACAUUACGAAAUACAUAAAACACUACUGUUCAUUGAGCUCCCUCUGCUGCAGUCUCGCUUUCACAGCAGCCAGUUUCGUUCGACAAUGGCAUUGAAAGGACGAUUUCUGAGAGAGUAAAUUGGAAAGCCCUCAGAUUUCUGUCCAGAGCCUCAUUAACCCUCUGAUAGUGAAGCUCACCCCCCACACUUACUUUCAUUCUUGCAAACAGGGGAGCUGUAACUCUGGUGUCAUGGCGAUGCUCUUUACCCAAAUAAAAACCCCACCACAGGCAAACCGUUUUAAAAACUGCUCGUGUUGGAAUACAGUGGGGCUGAAACAAUUCAUGGAUUGGUCACCUAGUUCAUCAGCUGAAAAUAACCAAGAACUCAUUUUGAAUUUUAAUGUUGUUUUCUUUUUCUUUUUUAGUUUGAAGCAAGAAGUACGUCCUUUUUCCAGCACAUCAUUUGAAUGACAGUAAAUAGACUGGAUCUGCAUUCUUUAUUGUAGCUUGGGUGAAACAAUGUGUCAGUUUGAAAUGUAGGAAAUUGUAAAUAAGUUACGUGCCUUUUUUAUGAUUAUUUUCACACACAACAAUUGAGAAAACAAAUGCCAGAUGAAUCAAUAAUAGUGCAACUGUUUGCAGCUUUUGAAUGUACUGUAGAUUUGUUUUGGAAGGGUACAUUAUGGCGUGACACAGAUUCUUUUGAAUACUCUGCCCUGUGUUACAUAACAAGCUGUUGCAAGGAUAUGGGUUCAGUUUUAUUUUGCAUUUUUCUGUGCCCACACAGUGUUCACCGGAUAAUUGCUCCAGUGCAUUUGUAAUAGACUAAUAGAAAAGUCAGCUCUAAGUGUACAUGGGGUUAGAAAUGGCUGCAAUUACUGUAAGUUCUGAAGGCAUCGAAAGGUCCUCUGUGGCGGGGGAUGGCUGGUGGGGGGCCUCCAUAACAAGGAAAAGUAAAUUUCGUCAUGCACCACCUGCACUACAUGAACCAUUUUCUUACCGCAUUGUGAGUGUUAGCAUAUAUAUUUACUUUGUCAGUGUGCGUCCAGUGUUGUUACAUAAGCCACAGUUGUGCAGGCAUCCACUUUGCUUGCGGAGUCUUGUUUACAAAGCGCUAAAUGCAUCGUUGGCUGAAUGUAAAGCCUAUGGUUAUUGGUUACUGUUGACUUUUUUGUUUCCCCGCUGCCUUGCUGUGAACUCUGUGAGUGUGUUUAUGAGCAAAGAGCCCUUUGGACUGUGCCCUAUAUUUAACCAAUGUGCACAAAAGGAUUUCUCAGCUGUUAUUGCAUGAAGCCACCUAUAUCAGCCAUGGUAUGAACAAAUAUAAAUACAAGUCUGUUUGGUGUAUCUGUUUCAUUGUGCAAAUUUCCCCUGUAGAGGCAGCAAAUAGCUAGAGGAGCGCUGUGUUCAUAUAAACAAGAUUAAAAGAAAUGGUAAAUAGUACGCCAUGGGCACAUUUGCAUGUGCGCUUCGCUCCUGUUUGCAGGAUAUAUCAGCACCAAUGUCGCAUCCGGCAACAGAGGGGAAAGUGGCUUGGUAGCCUACUAAAUGCCAUUUUGAUUUAUCGUAUUCAAAAGCUUUUUUUUGCUCUGGCUGAGAAAUCGAGAGCUGCAGAGCUGCGACAUGUGAAAAGAGCUCACCCACUUGGCCUACUCACCUCUCAAUCUUAGACCGGAACUCAGUUGAGUUUUUCGCUGCUAAACUCACUCACACUCACGUUGGGACUGCGACCUGACAACCUCCUGCCUUGGGCAUGCCUCAGCCGGGUAUGAAUGGGAUGGAGCCUGCAUUUGGCGAGGCCUAUGGGGGGCACAGGGGUCUGAUGAGCCCCUACCCUCUGGCCAUGUCGCCACAGGGAGGCAGGACAGAGUACGACCAGAGUGUGCUCCUUAUGCUGGGCUCCCCAGCAUUGCCAAGGAAACGGCCCUUUGAGUUGCUAAGCGACCUGGUGGACGACGGAGGCUUUGGUGAAGACUUGCACCCAGAGCGCUGGGAUGUGUCCGCGCUGGAUGAGAUGGCUCGUUACACCAAACUGGGCCUCGGGGUCGGAGGGGAGCUGCUGCCCUGCUCCGAGGAGGCUGUGCUGAUGGGCUGCUGGGGGAGGAGUCGGGAAGAGCAGGAGGAAGAGGAUGAGGAGGAGGAGAAGAGGAGGAACAGACACGCAGUCCCUCCUGGCACCCCGGAAGUCCAGAAAACUGCUUCAGGGAAGGAGGAAGAGGAGGAGGAAGGGUGUAUCUCUGUUGCCCGGACAACAGAGCUGUGCGUUUCAGGAAGAGUGACUGAAGGUGGACAGGAUGAGGGGGUGUCAAGGGAGCGCACGGUGGAGGUGUAUCAGGUGGCCCAAGAGGAAGAGGAAGCAGCAGCAGCUGCAGUAGGACUGGCUCUGGAGCACUGCAGUGAGGAGCACAACUACUCCCUGAGCCAGGGAGGGGAGCUGGGGGCAGGACCUGCUCACAACUCCCAGACAGAGGAGGUGCAGGUGGUGGAGAAUCAGCAGGAAGAGCAGGAUAGGGAGGACAGCCAGGCCGAGACCGAACUGAAGUUGGAGGAUGAGGAUGAGGAGCAGGACGAAGACGAGGAAGAAGAGGAGGAAGAGGGAGAGGAAGGAAUGGAGGAGACAGUGGUGGAAGCUGAAAUUUCGAGCUCCUCGGAAACUGAAUGUGAGGUGGAAGCAGAGCCAGCCAGGCAGCUGGGCGAGCGACCGUCGAAGCGUCGCUGUUUCUGGGAGUACAGACGUGCUCGGGAGUCAGCCACAAAGAAGAAACUUGGCGGUGACGUCCACUGGUCUCUGUCCUGGAGCUCCAGCACUCUUCCCAGCACGCUGUACCGCCGAGAGGGCAAAAAGGGGCGACGCAAAGCCCGGAAAACAGAUGCCAGCGACCUGACGCCGAACCCUCAGAAGCUCCACAACAUCGGGGAGCAGCUGCAGAAGCUCAACGCAGCGAUCGAUGGCAUGGGUCCGGUCAACGACCUGCCCGCUGUGGCCCGAGCCCGUUCACGCAAGGAGAAGAACAAGCUGGCCUCCAGGGCCUGCCGGCUGAAAAAGAAGGCCCAGCACGAAGCCAACAAGAUCAAGCUGUGGGGGCUCAAUCAGGAAUAUGAAAACCUGUUGGGAGCUCUGCUACGGAUUAAGGAAGUGAUCAGGCGGCGAGUGGAGAGCAGCGAGGAGGAGGACACGGACGAACGAGGGAUGACCCAACGGCUCGAAGACAUCCUCAGAGAGUCGAGUGGUCCCUUAGUUGCUGGGCGGACCAAAGACUUUGUGCAGAGGAUUUUGGCAGCCAGCGCAGGCGGUCAGAACCAACGCAAAGAGCCCCCACAGGACGGGGAUGAGGCAUCGGGGUAAAACCCCAAAACAGCAGUCCCUUUUCUCUCCGUACCCUCUUCUUCCAACCCCGCCCUCCCAGCACCACCAACUUGUCGAGACCAAGCUCCUCUACACCUCUUCUGCUCUCACGUCGUACACAUUUAAGCAAAGAGACGGCAAAGUGGAGAGGCUGGGAACCAAGAGGAGGUGAGGAAGAAGAGGAAGGAGUAGCCUAAACAAAGCGAUAGUAAAUUGCUACCUUGCUCCUGGUCCUCUCCUGUUGGUCCUCCAAACAGCAGCCGUCUUCACCGCUCUGUCUCUGCAGGCUGCACCACAACCACCAACAGGCCAGAGCUGCUGCUGCUGCUGCUGCUGCUGAUGUCUCUGUAUUCUGUGUUGUCUGUGUGCGUGCAUAAGUGUGUGCGUGUAACAUACUGUAUGAGCGUGUAUAGUGUUCCUCUCUCCCUCUCUGUGCUGUAUUUGUACCCCAUUGUGCCUAUGAAUAGACAUUGCACUGUUUUGUAGAUGGUCGUAGUUGUUGUCAGGGGGCCGUUAGUGAGCCGAGGGCGAGGGGGCAUUUGAGGAUAAGAGGAAGUUCUAAAAAUAAGGAAGUGGGAGGAGCCCAGGCAACGGAAACAAAGAAGAGGGUGUGUUUGUUUUGGUUUGGGGUUUUUUUUUGUUGUUGUUUUUUGUUUGGCUGGGCUCCUAUAGAAGCUCUACAUACCAUUUGAAUUGCACCAGCAUCUGAAAUGAGACCCAAUGCCAGACCAGUCAAUGGUAACUGAUGGAAAAGUCCUCGGAGCUUUAAUAGUCACCCAUCCCUCUCUGACACCCCCGUCACCCCAUCAAAAUGUAAGCAGAGAUCAAAAGAAAAAAAAGAAAACAAACUGCACCUUAAUUUAAACUGACCAAAGAUAAGUGAUACUGCUGAACUACUCUGACACCUCUCACCACUUCAGAUGCUGCCAGCCAUUAACACACCAUCCUGUCCUGCUGAGAGAGGGGUGAAGUGACUGAUACACUUUUAAUUCUUGUCCUAUUUACCUGCAUGCAUCAUUCAAAGAUGGGCAUCACCUGAUAGACUUAGAUCCUUUUCACGUAAAUGCACUACCGUCACGGACCCGAGAGGCCGUGGUGUGGCAGACGGGACUUGACCAAACGCCUUGUCGAUUGGUUGGCCGUCUAGCUCCGCAGCCUGGUGCUCCUUUAGCUGAUCUGUGGUGGAUUUAUUUUUUACCCCAAAAAAGGGAAGUGUCCUCGAUGCCUGCCCCAAGCCCUCUCCUCAACCCCCUGACCUGAUUAUGUAGCGCAAUUUCCUGACUUGCAAUGACAAAUAGAGAAAAAAACACACACACACACACUUGUAGAGCUAGAAAGCAAAUAAUUUGUUUUUGUUGAUUUGAUUUUGUUGUUAUUUGAUGAUGCCACAGCCCACAAAGUGGGCGUCAGUCUUGAGAGUUUUGAGAGAGAAAAAUCUGCCUUUUUAUUUUCAUUUUUCUUUAUUUUUCUGUGGUCUCUGCUAAAGCUGGAGACCAACCUGUCCACACUCUGUAAAUGUUGUUGGACGCUAAAAAAAUUAAUUAAGACCUUUGAAUUGCACUGUGGUAAGAGCAACAAAGCACCUUUGAAGAGGGCUUCAAAGCCUCCAAAAGAGAGAGGAAAAAAAAGACUCUUGGCACCUUUUUCUAAAGACAGAUAUUGAUUGAGAGACUUGAGGGCACCAAGCGCUUUGCGACCAACUGCUGGUUUGGGCUUGUUUCAGUAUGGUGCUACUAUAUGAUGACAGAAAAGUCAUGCAAACACAUUUGGAGGCAUGAGGCAGUAACUGCUGACUGGGUUUUGGCCUGCAAGGACGUACUGUUGUAAUAGGCGGUUUGUUUGCAUAAUGACGCCUUUCUCAAGUGCCUGGAGCUUAAAGCCACAGGGACCUGUGUUAUUAAAACCUAUUACAAGGUAAAACUUAACUCGUGACUGCUGCGCCAAGCUUGGCAUCACUUGACUUUACUUAGAAGAAGAAGAAGGAAAAAAAUGCAGGCUCAUCUGGGGUCACCAAAAAAAAAGGUGAAGCAGAAUGUUUUCCUUUUAAAUUAAGUCUAUACAUGGAAACCUACAUUGUUUUCACGUAUAUGUUGAAAUCUAUUUGUGGAAACAAUAGUGGGCACUGGUUUCUGUGAACAUCAUAUCUGGGAAAUAUACAUAGGCUGUUCUCGGAGCAAUUCCCUUUUGUUUUUUAACCUUGACAAGCUCCCAUCUGGGCUGCAUUCCAAAGCUGCUGUUCUACACACUGCCCCCUUUCUAUGGAAAAAAAAUUGGAAAAACAAGACAUUUCCUGUCUCAUUCAGGAACGGAGCGGUUCAACUUAAACUCUUCACCUCGUGGAUGUCUUGCUUGUUGUCAUUUUUUUAGAAGAGUGAGGGGCAGCUUAGCGUCGCUCCUGCUUUUAGUUUUCUGCUCUGUUCUGGGAAAUGUUGCUCAUGGUUGUAUAAAGCUGUACUGUAAACAGAGGAUUCCUGUCGCUCAGCUGGAAUGGCCUUCCUUGCUGGGGAACAGAGCGUUGAGGCUCUGGUGCCAAAGACGGUCUGAGAAUGAAAAGAUACCCGAUUCAGCUCUAAUGUCAAUGAGGCGUCCUCAACGUUACCACAGAAACCCGCUCAGGCUUUCAUGUGAUCAUCCGUGAAGAGACGCAUGAUCUCGGGGAAGGUCACUGAGUGUAGCUAAUGGUGUGCACUUCUACACCCAUAACCCCCCCCCCCCAAAAAAAAAAAAUUAACUCACACUUUCUCCCGGGGGGCUGGGAAGCUGCUGAUGCUGCCAGCAGAGUCACGGGAUCGUGCGCUGGCAGCAGCUCGUGCAACAACAACAGAAAACAUGAGGAAAGAGCAGAGAAACAACUGUGCAGAUCGCCGAGCUUUAAAACACUCUCACACCCAUCUGUCACGUCAGAGGAGGAGGAUGAGGUCUUUGUGUUUAUAGACUACACAAGUUUGUACAGAUAUUUUCCUUCGUUCAGAUCGUAACACAGCGCGCCAUCUGCUGUGUACAUUCAUCUAUAUGCCAAAAACUGCAAACAGUUGUAACACGGUGAAUUCCUGCCUCUGAUCCGAACAGAAAAACAGCCGGUUUUACACAAGCGGUGCGCUCAUCUAAGGGCCUUAACUGAUGCUGUAGCUUGUUGUAUUGUGGAAUAUCCCUUUAACUGUAAAGCUUUAAUAGGGAGUGGCCGGUCUUGGCAAGGCCACUUGUUUCUGUUUCUCACAUUCCUGAUUCAGUUCCUCUGUAGUGUUUCUGUUUGUGUGCACCUGGAAGGAGGAGAGAGAGAAAAGUGAACUGACCCAAAGACGUCAGUCGUGUGGUCACUGUUCACUUUUUCACGGUCAGAACAGGCCGACCCCAGCCCAGGCUCAGCCGCGGAUCUGCUGGGGUUUAACAAACAGCCCAGAACAAACAGUCUCGGCUUACAAUUUUGUCCACAUCCGACCUAAUAUAGACAAUGACUCUGCAGAAACUGGACGAUUCUUAUCUGACUGGCUUCCUCGUCGGGGGUCACCAUCUGCCAGACGCAGAGAGAAGUAAACAAUUGUGAAACUUGCCUGUUGCUCAUGUGCACGUGGGCUUUUUCUGAGAAAGUUCUGGAGAAAGGGGGAAGACGUUGAGUUCUCAGCAGUUUAGGGAAUGGUGACAGUUGAAAGUAAGGAGCUUCUGCAUAUGUGGUAUACAGAGAGGACACACAUCUGAGGCUGUUAAUGAUUGCUACCAGUGUGGAAAUUCCCACUGAAAACGUUACAGGGAGGUUUUAAUCUUUUCAUCCAUUUAUCUCAGCAGACUAAGUUUCACGUUUCAAAGCAGUAUCGUUGACUGUUGACAUUUUAAACGUUAGAGGUGCAUUAAAUGCUGGCACGGAAGUAUGGAUACGAAAAGAUGCAAUAUAACUGAGGCAGGUACUUAUUAGAACAACAACAAAAACCCCUCUGUGGGCUUAUAAAACAGUAAAAGCUCUGUAUCUCAUACACAGCUGUGCUGUGUGGAGAUGCUCUGCUUUUGAAAGACUUCCAGUGGAAUUUUGAACUGCAACCAAAACAUGAGAAAAUGAAUUAACAGUAAUUCUGGUCAUAAAGUGAUUUCACAACCGAGAUGACCAGACCGUCCCUUUUUCUGGCUGCUGUGAACAGGAUUUUAUUUCAUUGUAAGUUUGUCUGUUAUCUUCAGUAACUGUUUAAAAUCACGAGAUUAACCGAUUGUUUUCUUUUUUUACACUCUGACGUUUUUAUAGCUGCCUGAGGAAGAAGUGUUAACCUCUGUGUGUGCCAUGCUUGUAAAGUGUAGCUUAAAUCCUUGAAGCAGCAGUGUUAGGGUGAGAACAAUUAGAAGUGGUUGACCUUCCUAAGCUUACACAUGGCUGCAGUGGCUUUUUGGACCAGGCAUUCAGGCCCUGUGGACCCGCUGGGCUGAAUAGACUCAUCAGUAAGACUACACCGGUGGGACGCUGCUGACCUCCAAGUGCCCGUCCCCGCUCUGCUCCACUGCUCUCAUUGUUGGAAACACUCUGGCUUCUCCAGUUUCAAAGGCAGAGGAGGCCAGGGAAGCGGCACUUAGUCAGGGACCCUGAGUAGUUUAUCCGAACCCUUCUAAUCCCCACCGUCACCUCCACCCUCUGCCACACUCUGAUAUCUUUCAAUCGCCCUGGUGGCCUGCGUCUCGAUGCCCCGCUUCCUUUAUUGCUGACCUGAAAACUUCCAUCUGGAAGGAGCCAGAUGGGGCCCAAGUGUCAGUUUCAACCUGCAGGUCCAUAUUACUUUUCUCCAUCAAUUAAAUUGAAGUGGAAGGAGCUAGACGAGGCUUUGCCAGUCGGUGCCUCGUGUGUUAUCAUUGCAUUUAAAUCAGAGAGCGGAACAUCUGUUUUUAGAACAUCUGGCAGUGGUUGUCUAAGGACUCUGACUUUGUAUGAUUAACAAGGUCCUACUUGUGCACACCAUGUUCUGCCAAACCUAGAUUGCUUGCAAACUUAAUGAUAAAUUAUUGAACAUUUUAUUCAGACAGCAAGAUACCACAACUUCAAGGCUUUAGAGGAACUGCUUGGUGCUUUGGGAAAUACUGUUGCUAAAGGUUAAAUCGUACCUUAUGAGGUUAUGUGUGAGGCUUUGGUCUUGUGUUAAAGCAGCGGUUGCAAUGUCAUCUUAACUAAUUUGCUAAUCUUUUAUAUGUCUUUAUCAGAGUGGAAUUUGAACUCUCGCCAUUAACAUUUUGGCAGCAGCUCUGUUGUUCUUUUUGGAGCUGUAUUUAGGCUAGAGGGUGAAAGCACUGUACUGUCAGCUGUGGCCAGCAAACUAUAUCAAGAAACCGUUUGGUUACAGUACCCACAAAGAGAAUACUGUUAAUUAGGUAUAAGUGAUAAAAUAUUCAGAUUGCAGUCGUCAAAACUCAAACACAGACUUGUUGAAAGUCCACACAAGUUAGAAAGUCACAUUGUUUGUCAGAUAAUUCCGUUAAAAAAUCCUCAAAGGCACCACCUUUAAAGCCGGGACAUGCAGUUCAAGCUGAGGCUUAGCAGGAUUCAUAUGUCCAGCAGAAGCAGUGCGAUCGCUGUCCGCUGGCAGUCUGAGAAAGAAUCAUCUCCCUACACUGAGCUCCGUUUCCAGGUGGAGGACGUGUACAGUCUGGUACAACUGGGAGCUUCUCUUGCUUGUGCUGGUGUUGGUUCAUCAGCCAGCUGUGGAAAACAAAAGUUAGGCUUCCAAUGAGCUGAAGGGAAACCAAAUGUUAAAAGCAAGAGAAAGUGUCACUGUGCUUUUCAUGCUGUAGUUUUUGGAUCUUAGACACGUACAUCAUCCACUUCUGCCGAUGUGCUGUCAGGAUCUUGGAGGACACCAAAGGAGUGUGUUUGGAGUUGGUGAACCCCGUUUAUGCAGACAGACACACUUAAACAGCUUCUGAUUUAGGAAACAGUCAUUGCCUAGAGCUGCCUGGCUCUAGGCAAUGACUGUCACCUGGCCAGUUUCACCUGUCAGUCAAACUGGCCAUGGCCAGAAAUCCAAAUGGGUGAAUUGCAGUUGCCGUAAAGUGGGAAAUUAGCUGUAAAGACCAAAACUAUAUAUUGUACCAGGCUGUAAUCAUGUUCAUGACAGAAGUUGGGCAUUUUAACAUGGGAGUCUAUGGGAAGUGGCAGUUAGACACGUCUGUGGUGCCUUUGUUCUUCAGCCACAGAAGCUGGUGUUUAAUAGAAAAGUCCAAAGGACACUUUCAUUUCUGUUAAAAAAGUUAUUCUUUUGUACUUUUCAGGGGAAAUACAGCUGAUGUUUUGGCAGGACAGUAACGUAUGCAGUGACCAAAAAUGCAGACAUUCACAUUCAUUCUCACAGAGCAUUUCGUACUACUAGUGGGUUUUGAAAACCUGCAUGGUUGUAGCAUCCAAUACGUUAACAACGUGCUGCACAUGUGUUGAUGGCACAGCCGGUGGCAGCUGAGACACACCUCGUGGCUUUAACCAAAACCGAGUCAGUCGUUUCUGUCCAGAUUGAUGAUGAGUCGAAACCAAAGGCCAGUUGUGGAUGUGAGCAGUUUAAAAAAACAAAAACAGAAAAACAUGUCUCAUUAGAAAUGAAAUAGUACUUUAGUAUUCUAGAGAAAAAUCCUGUGGAGAGAAUAAAGAGUGAACAAUCACAUCCCUGCUGGUUCUUUAAUCUGUCUGAAAACACACUGAAAGAUGGGAGGAAAGGAAAACUAAGAGACUAGCAAACAUUCCACAAUGCCAUGUCAUAUACUGUACAGCAACCCUGUCUCCUCCUCUUCCCUUUCUCUCCCCCUCCCACACCCCCCUGUCUGUCUCUCAGUAAUCCAGUAAUCACAAUACUACAGUAAUACUUUGGACCUGUUAACACAUUAACUCAUCUUUAUGUAAGUCAGUACGUAAUCCUUAAUAAUAAUCAAAAAAAGAAAAAAAAUACAAGAAGUGCCGUACAAAUAGAAGCCUAAUAUUUUUUGUUUUUGUUUUGUGUGAGUGUACUGUACACCUCUAUAAUGUAUAUUUUAAUAUUUAUAUGCAGCUGUUGUAUUAAAGUAUAUUUUUAAAAUAAAACACGAGUUUGUUCUUUUUAUGUUUUUGCAGUAUAUCAGGUUAGAAAUGAAGCAUGUGGUGAUAUUUCCUGUAUUUAAUGUAAAACUGUAUCUGUGCUAACUUUUGUAAACACUUCAGUUGCUGUUUUUACCCCUUCUUAGUGUGACAGAGAGAAAUGAAGAGAAACAAUAAAGAGCACAUUAAUCGAAAACACUGUCUGAGUGGCAGGAGUCAGGAUUUGCGUUUCCCUUUAGGGAUCCUGAAAGGUUCACAAAUACUCAACAGCUCCCCCAGCAGGCCUCACAGGGUUAGAGUGGCAGUUAUUAAUGUGGGUUUUUACAUGAUAUCAUACCGAAAACAAAUGUUUAGGAAACAUGAUAACGUGAAGCAGACAGUUAGAAACAGAAAGACUAACAGUAGUCUGGCUCACAUUUCUGUUAGAUUAAACCAACGCCUCAGAGAUGAGCAGAAAUACUGAGGUAUAUGCCUGCAAUCAAAACAUUAGAGAUAGAAUCAGCAAGGGAGAGCGAUACACUGGGAACAGUUUUUAUACGUUUUUUUUUU